AUGCCUCCGGUUGAUCUCGAGAAUCUAGUCUCCGCCUGCGCCGGCGGCAUCUGCAGCGACAGCAAAGUCACCUGCGAGACGCUCGCAGGCGACAGCGCUGCUGUCGCCGCCGUCGCCGAUCCUGACCUUCCGCCGGAAUCCUUCUGGCUGUCGAAGGACGCGGAGUACGAUUGGUUCGAACACCACACCUUCUUCGAGCGGAAGGACUCCGGCGGCAGGGGCGGCGGCUCGAGUCUGACUGCAGACGCGCAGUCGAACUCGAGCUCGCAGCGAUUCUCCUUCAGCAGGAAGUCGAAAGCCGCGAUCCUCGGAUUGCCGAAGACGCAGAAGGCGACCUUCGUCGACCCAAAGCGCCGGCCGUGCAAUAAACCGGUGACCGUCCGGCUUUUUCCAAAACGACCCGAACCGGCCGGGAAAUCGGCGGUUCCGGUCGAACCGGGUUCGCCCAAGGUGUCCUGUAUUGGGCGGGUCCGGUCCAAGCGCGGCCGGCGCCGGUCCGGUUCGCUGAGGAGGAGGGAGAAGGCGGCGGAGAAAUCGAGUCGCGGAGGAGGGGAGGAGGAGGAGAAGAAGCAGAAGGCCGGUUUUUAUACUAAGAUGAUGGGGAUGUUCCGGUCGAAGAGGAGCCGGAGUAAGAAGGGGCCGCGGUCGGGGAGUAGGAGGGCCGGGGAUGAGGCAAAGGCAGGGGCGGAGCUGCAGCGGUGGAGCGCGAGUUCGAGAGUGCGAGAAUUGCCGGGUGAGGCGCCCGGUUUGGGUGGAUUGAACCGGUUUGCUUCGGGUCGGCGGUCGGCUUCUUCGUGGGCGGCUGAGGAUUUGAGUGAGACGGUUUCCGGUUCGGACCGGCACGUGGGAGUCGUGAGUUGGAGCUGA